GUUAGAUUGUGGAGUAACUUGCUUUCUACUUGUGCAGAGGUGAAGUCCGUCAACAUAAAUUCUUAAGGGAAUGAAUUCGGAACAUUCAAUUCAUUUAUUUGAGUAAAUAAAGGAUUAUGCCACAGAAUAAUUGGGAGGAAGAUGCUUUAACGAAUGCCAUCCAAUUUGAUGCAUUAGAGAAAGUGCUACAGAAAGUUGUCGGUUCCCUUGAGAAUUUCCAGGUAAACUUGGAUGUCGCGACAGCAGAUAUUAAUAAAGUAAGUCAGCGGUCGAGUGACAUUCAUGUUCGUCUGAAUAAUAUGAAGAAGGUAGAGUCUGCUAUGGGGGCCGAAAUUGAUACCGGUAUUUUACCUCCUACAUUAAUAAAAACAAUAUGCACUGGCGAUAUGGAUCAUCCCAGUUGGGCAACCGCGUUGGAACAACUGGAGAUUUACAUUGGAGAUGAAAAGAGCGUUGUCAAUAACGAGAAGCUGAUGCUUCUGUCUCAAGAGAGUAGUGGAGAACAGAUGGAAUUGUGUCAAAAGCUAUGUUACAAAGCCAUUGAGAGGAUUCGAAAUUACAUUGUUGUUACGAUUAAAUUGUUUCGCCAUGGUCUUGUUGAUGUUGCUUCUAUGAGGAAGCAUCGUUUAAUCGCUAAGAAAAGUUAUUACUCGUUUCUCUCAAAGCAUAAUCCACAAUUAUCACUUGAGCUGCGGAAGGCUUAUAUAAACACCAUGAGCUGGUAUUACCACUAUCAUUUUUACCACUAUUCUCUACUUUUAUCCCGAGUCAACAUUCAUAAGGGUGAGCUAAUUCGUCCCGAGGAAGAUAGAAAAGGUUUUUUUAUGCUUGGAAAAGGUUCAACACAGAUCCAGUCAAGUCGGAUGUUUUCACUUGACUUACGUUCCCAGAACUUUGAUAUUAAUUCCGUCCUCAUGGCUUCGACACUAAACCAUAUAGAAUCGUCGCCUCAGUUUUUGGAACGUGUAUACUUUUCAUGGGAACUUGUGUUUACAGAACACGCAAGCGCCGAAUAUUCCUUCCUUGUGGAGUAUUUUGAACUUUCUAUGGAUGAACAAAAAACUAUAUUUCAAACAAUAUUUGAUGACACUUUACAGUUGUCUCAACAAUAUGUUUCAGACCUAAUAAGUACAAGUCUUGAUAGCAUUUCGAUUCUCAAGUGUAUUAGAUUUACUCAGGAUCUUAUUUUACAAUCACAAAAAAAUUUGGUUCCUGUUAUAGAGCCUCACUAUACGGCCAUGAUCAUAUUACUUUGGCCCCGUUUACAAACAAUCAUGGAUUUACAUUCUGAGUCAUUGCAAAAGUGCCCUCUUCCUUCGAAACCCGACGACCUCGCCUCUACUCCUCAUCCAUUAACUCAAAGAGUUUCCGAAUUACUGUACAGUCUCGCAACACUUAGCGCUAAUUCUUUGGAAGCCGAACCUUUGACUCACAGUGUUUCUCGAUUAUCUCAUGACUUUACUGCUUUACUUUAUAGAUUUUGUGAGGGCAUGUCCGACAAACGGAAAAGGAAUCGUUUUCUGUCAAACAACUUCACUCUCAUUUCUACAGUUUUAAGUGGUGCCCAUGGAAAACUGGCUUCUGACCAAAAACUAUACUUCGAAGAACUUAAUGACAAAGUAAACGACUAAUGACAAUAUCCAAUAUCAAAGUAUUAAUAAAACGUAUCUUCAUUAUUAGUAUUAUCGCCUGGAAUAUUCUUUAGCUAGUUAUAUAUAUAUUUAUAUUUAUGUGAAAUUAGAAUGCUUCCUGCUAACCUUGUAUCAAGUGCCACAAUAUAAAAACUAUUAAAGACUUUAAGCUUGAUGCUCCUUCACAACCCUUAGGAACCCUGCAACACGGCCCAUAUCUACUUCUCCUUGUUGACCAUCACUCUCUACUGCUUGCAAUAAACUUUCAAGUAAAGAGUCAACCUUGGUCUCCUCAACACCUGUACAUAAGGAUACUACUCGACGGCAUUUUGAUUUGAUAUUAGCAUUGCGACGGUGAAGAGUUUCAGCAAGAGCGUUAAGUCGAGCUUCGUUUCGUUCAUAAGCAGCGAUGCGAAUCUUUAAUUCAGUAACAGACGGUGUAUUUUUAGAGUUCACCACGAAAGGCGCAUCCGCAUCAACAGUUUCAGUUAAACUGACUGAACUGAAGUUUUUGUCUAAAGCCAGCAACUCAUUUUUCUGUUCAUCAAUUGAUAGCUCUAAGUUCUUGCAUCUCUGCUUCAACUCUGAUAGCAUAAGAGUAUGAGUUUCUGACCGUCGCAAUUGCUCUCGAAAUUCUGCUAGCUUUCUUGUAGAUUCUCUCAAUUGGGCGUAUGUGUUAUCAAUCAUGGAUUGCUUCGCAGCCAUUUCAUCUUGAAAAUCUUUAUCUAACGAAGUAAUAACAUCCGUGACCGAGGUAAUAAUAUCUUUGCUUUUUUGCUGAGCGGGCAUCACAAAUUUUUCUUUUUCUAUAUUAGUGUUGGAAACAUUGACAGUUUCCUUAAUAUCCUUUGCCUCAUCAUCACCAAAAAUUCCAAAAUCAUAAACUGUUAAGCCUGCCCGAUUAGGUAUGCUUUUGGAAGCCCCUGCUUGUAGCAAAAUAUCCACAACAGUUUUAUUUCCGAUACGAGCUGCUAUGUUAACAGCCGUAUCACCAUUUUUGUCUUGGUAAUUUAAAUAUUUUUUAAUGAAUUCUUCUAUUGUAAAGCCAUUGCUUGGAGUGGCAUGAGCGUCAGCCCAUCUCAAAAGGGUCUCCAAAUAGUAUCUGGCUGCAGAGCCCCUUCCUUUGAUUCCCGCCGUUAGACAUAUAUGAUGAACCACUGUACGACCUGCGUGAUCGAUGCAGUUUAGGGAAGGAUAGAGCAGAUCAAGCAACUCAUGAAAAGACGACUGGUUUAAAUGGUUAGUGACCAUAACAGAUCUCAUUAAAGCGGUUUCUCCUGUUAAAUUUCCACGUAGUGAAUUCGCUUUCCUACUAAUUAAGACAUUUAACAGUGGCAUCUUCGCGAGGGCAGCUGCCCAGUGUAGAGCAGCAUGUCCUAGUUCGUCAAUAGGAACGUCUAAAUCCAAAAGAUCUGUCAAUUUGGAUUCAACAAACUUAAUGUCCGAGUUAUUUAAGUCUAAGAAUAUUGAGGUUAAAACAUCCUUAGAGGUAUUAUAGUCGUGCAUAACAUUCUGAUCAAGGGGCGGUAGACUAGCGGUCAGUGUGGAAAAUGAUAUCGGAAAUUCAAGCUUUUCCUUUUUGAGAUGAACUUCCUGUUGGGUAGAUGGGAGGUAUGCAGAAGGGAAUGAUGCAGGAUACGAAUAGCCAGGUGAAUGCAGCUUGUGUCGCUUGAUGCUGUUUUCAGGAGUGGUGAUAGAAGAAGAGUCCAAAAGGUACAUAUUUGAGCGUUUUCCAGCUUUCUGUUCUUGUUUAUUCAUAAAUGAAGGUGACGAUAUGUUUCCAGCAUUAUUAGAGGGUUUCCCAACCUUCGAUAGAUUAUUAUGGUUAUGAUUCCGUAAAGGUAACCUGUUUGAAAGAUAUGCUUCUUGAGGGUCCUUAUCAGGAUGUUCUGGGCUUUUUGACAAUUUUGGAAAUAAAUCCAAGUUAAAUGAAAUUAAAGACUGUAGCAUCUCGUAAACACCAUAUUUUUUCGCUGUUGAGACAGCUUUUCCAAAAGGAACCCAAACACCGUCAACAUGAGGGUCUUUGAUGUCGACGUUUUCGUAUUCACCGUUCUCGAUUAUUUCAUCCAAUUCCGCUGCAUUCUCAAGACUACUUGUUCCGGCAAGACGAAGAAUUUGAGAUAUAUUAAAGUGUGAAUCAGAACACCGACGGAGAGCAACGUGUUCACCAUAUUGCAAUUCGAUAUACCGAACACCAGACAAUUCAAUAGCGUUUAGCUCAACUACCUUUCCAUCUCGUAAAACUUGAGAAUUUAUAGAAAUCCUCAAAUUCGGAUUGUCGUUGUAUGUAUUUUUUGUUUCUUCUUUUGGCGUUCCGAAAUGUUCAUGGUUUCUUUCAUAUGAAAAAGAAUCAUUUCCUAGCUCGAAUUGAGAGACGAAAUUUGCAGAUGUCAUGAUAUAUAUACCACGAGACUUAAAAUCUAAAGCGAGAAUCGUGUUAUUCUCUCGGAGUUUCCUUCGUACAACACGCUCAUCCAACUUCCAAAAGACUCUAGUGUAACUCCUUGAGAAAAUAUAAAAGACGGUUCCACCUUUUUCCAAAAGUCUUCGUUUGGUUGUUAUUAAGGGUUAAAUCCUUUUAUAAUAAGUCUGAAGUGAAGGAAGUUUGGGUGAAGUGUUUGUUGUUUAGUUGUACCCUCUAGCUACUACGAACAACCGUGUUCGUUUUAACGAUAUAUCCUUCAUAGCAUCUCGAAAUCCAAUUAAAUAUUUUCACUUUCCUCUUUUUUUUCAAUAAACCUCAUCAUAAAAUGUUUUUUUUAAGAGGUUUCUUCCUAUAAGACAUUUGCUACAAGUAAUGAAUUUUGAAAAAUUUUCACU